AUGUCUGCCGGAACAGAUAGUCUGAAAGAAAAGGAAAAACAUCGAAUAAUUCAGCUGCUUAUCUCGCUUAUGGUGAAAUCAACCACAGUAGACUUAACACACGAAUGGAAACAAAACUUCGGCUGGGAGAUCACAUGUUCAUGGAAACUCCUUGCGGACGAUUCUCUACAAUCAGUAAAAUUAUACAAAAAUGGAAAUCAAUUCAUAAUAUUUAGACCCGAGAACCAAAGAAGCAUGAAUCAUUCGUGGUAUUCCGAAACGGUGUCGAAGUUAGAUUGCGCUGAAGACGAUAAUGGAGUGACUGGAAAGUGUGUAAUGACGUACGAGCCACAGCUGGCUCCGAGGAAAGACUUCACAUUCGGCUGCGAAGUGUCAGGGGAGCGACCUUACUUUAGAACAGACCAGAAGGAGAUAUUCGUUGAAUAUCUUAUUCCCCCAUCCGAUACCGAAAUAACAGUGACGAAGUUUGAGUCUGGCACAGUAUCAGUAAAUUGCAGUGCUUCUGGUUUGCCGGCGCCCAAAAUAAUGUGGACAAUUAAUAACCAAAGGUUCUUUAAACCUAUAAUAUUUCUAAAGGUACCUGCCAAUUAUCUUGGACCACCGGUAUGGAACGCAACGUCGAAGCUUUGGCAAGUGUGGUCAUCUUUCAAUCCACAACCUGAAGACCUCUACAGUUUACAAUGCACGCCGGAGAUUCAGAAAGGAAAACAAGUAAUAAGAGGACAAUCGGCGAUGUAUUCUAAUGCGCCAGAUAGAUUAAGAAUAACAAUCGUGCCAUUAUCAUUGUUUCGAGGUUAUCAUUAUAAAUAUGGCGAUAGUCAAAAUGAAAACAUUAAAAACGAUUUCGCUGUAACCCUUGGCUGUUAUAAAUUUGAUGUCAAGUUGAUUAUGACCUGUAGAUAUAAUACCGAACUGGGGUGA